AACUAAUUGUGCUAAAAACACACAGUGAAUUUAGGCCGCUGCUGGGAAGAGAUUUGAUGACAACAUUUUACCCAAAAUGGAAAAACGCGUUUAUUGAACCGAUAUGGAUAUUGACAAGAAGCAUGACGAAGCAAUAAGAUUUGAAGCGGAUUUGGUGUUCACUUCAGAUCGGCCUAUUUUUCGAAAACCUUAUCAGGUACCUUAUAAAAUUAAAGAAAAAUUUUUGAAACAUUUGGAUGAUUUGGAGAAGCAAGAUAUAAUUACACCGAUCCAAGCGAGUGAGUGGGCGGCACCUGUAAUAGCAAUACUGAAAAAGGACAACGAACUAAGAAUGAUUGCUUUGGGAUCGCAUGUGCUAACGGCUCAUAGACACCAGCUGAAGUGUUUGGAGCAACCGAAACGAAAAACAACAGUGAUGGCUAUACCGUCGCAGCCAAGAAGACGUGGUUCUGUGGAUACUGAAGAUGAUUUCUUUGGAUUUCCGGAUGACGGCAGUAACUGGACGGUCGGUCCAGAAAUAGAGGGCGUUGAGAAAGUGUUUCCGACUAGGGUGCCGGCCGAUGAAAGUUUGGAACGUUCUGAAACUGUUCGCUGUUCUAGAAAAAGAAAAAAUAUUGAUAGGAGUCCGAUAUUGACUCGGUCAAAGAUGAGAAGAUGUACUGAAGAAUAAAUUUAUUUGCAAUUCUGAGCAUAGAUAAUGUUGACAAACGAUUUUUUUAACAUUUAUGUGCUAAAC